CUUCAGCACCAUGGACAGCGUGCGCGCGGCGGUUUACCUGAGCCUGGUCCUCUCGCUGCUCUGCGUCUGCAGGGGUCAGGUGUCACUGGACAACCGGCUGAGCGCGCAAGACGAGCAGUUCAUUAAAAGAGACCUGGCUGAGGCGCUCGACGAACUUUUGGAUGGAGACCAGGACAAUCGGAUAUCUGUGGAGAAAAAGGCUAGCGUCAUCCCGAGGUGUGAUGUGGGGGAGCGCUGCGCCAUGAAGCACGGACCGCGCAUCGGGCGACUGUGUGACUGCAUGCGAGGGACAGCCUGCAAUACUUUCUUCUUGCGCUGCUACUGACGGAGCUCGCGCGGCUCCCUUCUCUCUCUCAGGCACUGUGCUAAGAAACUCCUGACAGCGAUGCUUGGGACACCCCAUCCAUUUAACGCGUGAAAUUAAUGACACGGGUGAUGUAUUGAUAGUGUCGUUUUGUCCGUUAACUCGUCUACGUGCGUGCGUUAUUAAAAGUGUUCAUUUUACGUUAACAAAACGUCUUUAAGGCAUUCUCUGUGAGUUUAUAAUGUAACUGUUUAAUAAAAGCCUAAAAACUCUCAAAACAAGGUCUGAAGCGA